CACACAUAAACUCUCUCUACCCGCUUGCUUCAAAAGUGAAUAAAAACCCAUUAUUGAAAAAAUAAUACUCCAGUCCACGAUAAUGGGAUUACAAAACCAAUUAACCGAUGUUUCUUCUGAAUCUAUCCCAAUUCUACUCGUUACCCUUCUCGCCAACUGCUCAACUUAUCUCCGUUCCCUUAUUUUCACCUUCCUUCAAUUCCUCGGCUUAUCUUCACUGUUCAAUCCGGUUCAAAUUGACGACGUACUAUACGACGCCGUCGGUUCCGGUUUAGCUGGUGUCGUUAUGUUAGCCGAGCAGCUCAAUUUGAACCGGUUGUUUUCGUAUACGUUAUUUGAUGAUCAAGGAGAUGAUGCGUCCGGUUCGAACUGUGUUGUUUGCUUGAACCGGUUGGGUGAUGGUGACCAUGUGAGGAAAUUGGCCUGCCGGCAUGUUUUUCACAAGAAGUGUUUUGACGGGUGGUUGGAUACGUUAAAUUUUAACUGUCCUAUUUGCCGGUCGCCGUUGGUUUCCGAUGAGCGCGUGGCACUCGCCCAGCGGCGCGUUGCUUGGGAUGUGCUUGACUGGUUCUCUUUAAGGUGAAAUGGUGAAUGAAUGAAUAUACAUGGCUGGCGAUGAUGAUGAUGAUGACGUGGAAUUUCGUGAUGAGGUUUUUUAAACAGUUUUUUAAACUUAUUUUUUUGUUUUAGUUUUUGGGAAUUAUUAUUUCCAGUUUUUUUUGAAGAGCUUGAUGUGAAGUUCUUUUCCACUGUGAAAAAACAUGUUAAUUUUUGUUUGUAGUUUUUGACUGGAGUAAUAUUUUCCUUUUUCACCUUUUCUUUUGUAAACUUAGAAACGAUUAUGGCAGAAAGGAUUAUUUAGUAGUAAUUGGCAGAGCCGGAUUUAGGUUUUGCCGUGCA